CCCGCUCCUCCUCACGGCGCAAACCAAGUGGAACCACUUCGAAAAGCGGGAGGGGAUGAAGGUUGGCGGAAUGUUCAAGAGCCCGAUGACAAUCAUCAUGGUCAUUUCCAUGGCGAUGAUGUUCUUCCUCCCCAAGAUGAUGGCAAAUCUUGAUCCAGAGCAGCUGGAGGAAAUUAAGGACCAACAAAAAGCCGUCCAAGAAUCGACAGCCAACUUGUCCUUCUCGAGCUUGCUGUCCAAUGCUCUGGCCGGUCAAGCAAUUCCACAACAACAACAACAACAACAACAACGGGGUUCCGCAACGCCGGUUCAGAGGGCGGGGGGGGGGGCAUCGGCGGG